AUGACCGAAUGUCGUCGCUCCGUCCUUUCCUGCGCCCGCUGUCGUCGCCGCAAGAUCAAAUGUGAUCGUGCCAUUCCCUGCGGCCAAUGUAUUGCUGCAAAAUCAGAAUGUACCGGCUUUAGUUCCAAAGAUCAAGACCCAAACAUCCCCAGGAGCAUCGUCCAGCACCUGGAAUCCGAAAUCGCCAAAGUCGAAGGCGAACUGGCGCGCAACGGCCAUCUCGAAGAACUCAAUGCCUCUGACAUACUCGUCGGCAUGCCUACUAACGAUGGCGUGCCCAUCGAGGAUCCCGCUUUGCCCAUCAUUGAUAUGCCCAAGCUUGAUGAGGCUCCCAAAUUAGCCCUCUCCCUUGACAUUUCCCCAACGCUCGAAAGGGACACCAGUCGAGACGAAGUAAUGAGUUGUGGGGAGCUUCAGGCCAUGAUCUUCGCCAUCUUGCCCACUGGUCCAGGAAUCACCGACCUCAUCGCACGAGUUCGUAUGAGCCUGACUCCCUCCACCGCCGUUGCAUCAGGAAGUCCCAGAGAAGCCCGACGGAAGUCCAUUUCUCGAGCCAGCAAUGAAGUCAGUUGUACCAUGUUGAAAAGCAUUCCCACUCCCAUUCUACGCAGUCUCAUCAAAAAGUACAUGACCCGAGUCUAUCCCAUCUACCCCGUCUUACAUGCGCCUUCUUUAUGGCAGCAGCUCGAGCGCGUCGUCAAAACACUCCACGACUUACCCGAAAGGCAUCGCUCUGUUCCCCCAUCCUUUGAUUUCCUCAUCAUAUACCUUAUGCUCUCUAUUUCCGCCACCCUCGGCAGUGCUCGAACUGGCCACGAGGCUAAGCACAUGGUCUUCUCCGGUUCUUUGUUUGAAGAAGGCAUCCAACAUCUUUCGGACAAGGCCAAAAUUCCCUCCGAUCUCGCAGGGAUUCAAGUGACUCUCAUGGUCCUUCAAUACGCAUCCAUCAACCCCCGCCUCGCCAAUGUGUGGAUGCUAACCGGUGCCGCCAUGCGCGCAUGCCUGGAACUCGGUCUCCAUCGCGAACCUCCGGACGCCUUACAGUUUGACCAACUAACCCUCGAUCUGAGAAGACGUCUUUUCUGGUCGGCCUAUAAUUUUGAUCGUGCCAUCUGCUCUGCCCUUCAACGUCCGCUGUCUAUCCCCGAUCAAACCAUCGAUGCUCAUUUCCCCUCCAUCCUUGAUGAUCGUCACAUCCACCCUACCGGAAUCGACGCAACAGGCACCGAAACCAAAAUUCACAUGCUCCGCUGGAUCCACUUCCGUCGCCUCCAAUCUGCCAUGACGGAAGUCCAUUUCCAAGGCAAACCUUUGGAGCCGGGUCAGUCAUGGGAAGAUUGGCUCGUGUCUAUGGAGCGACGACUACAAGCCUGGUAUGAGGACUACAACGAUGGCCACGAGUUGACGGAAUUCACUCUUGCGCACGGGCUGACCAACCUCCACCGCCCCUCUCCCCGCGUUCCAAUGCCUGGCCCACGGAGUUUAGUGGUUGCUUUCGAAGCUGCCUGCUCUAGUGCCAAAUCACUCCGUGAUCACAUCCUCACCGGCUUCUAUCGACGGUCGUGGCUGAUAGCCCAUCAUGUGUUAGAGAACAGUAUGGUCGUUCUCUUCUGCCUCCGUCAUGGCUUCGAGGCCAUCUCACCCCGAUUCAACGCGCAACAGAUUUUCGAGAUGACAAAGGUCUUUACGGCCAAUUUCCUAGCUCUUGCCGCCCAAGGCUGGAACGAAGUCUCCAAUUACGCAGGCGUCUACGAGCGACUGUUAGGGCCGCUACUCGAAUCCGUCUUCUCGAAUCGUCCUCCUUCACUGUCAUCGUGGGGACCAGCUCAAGAUGCCGAGCUCUUACGCCUCCUGUAUCCUGGUCCUGCGCAAUUGGACAAAUUGCGUUUCGGGAGUCGAUCCGGUUUCGAAGACGAUGGACUUCCGAACUUUGAUGUUGGAACGCUCAACUGGGAAGACUUUAGCGUUAGUGAUGCUCGAUCGGCUUCUGCUGAAGGAUUUGUGGCCGGAUGGGAUCUCUUUGAUCCAAAUGCGGUUGGAACAGCCGGACAGGAUUUGGUAUUUGGAAUGGCUUGA